GCUGAUUUAACUCUAUCACAAAUGUCGAAAAUCACCAACAGCUCCAGAGUGAAUGAAUUUAUACUAAUGGAUUUUUCUGAGAGCCAUGAGAUGCAGACAGUUUUAUUCUUUCUAUUCCUAUUAAUAUAUAUUUUUACUGUUUUAGGAAAUGCAGAGAUAAUAUUUCUUGUGUAUUAUAAUACCCAACUUCACACUGCCAUGUACUAUUUUAUCAGUAGUCUAUCAUUUUUAGACAUCUGCUAUUCUACAGAUAUUGUCCCACAAAUGAUAGCAGUUCUCCUUUCUGAGAAGAAGACUAUCUCCUAUGUUGGAUGUGCAGUGCAAUUCUUCUUCCUCUGUGCCUUUGGUAGCACCGAAAGUUGCCUCCUUGCAGUAAUGGCCUAUGAUCGUCAUGUUGCAAUAUGCAACCCAUUAAACUACAGUUUGAUAAUGCAGCAAAGGACAUGCUGGGAACUAGUGUCUGGAGCUUAUACUAUUGGUUUCCUGCACUCAGUAAUCGAGACUUGCUGCACAUUCAGCCUCUCAUUCUGCUCCUCAAAUAUCCUCCAUCAUUUUGCCUGCGAUUUGCAGUCAUUACUACGUUUAUCUUGCACUGACACAAAAGUAAUUGAGCUUCCACAGUUUAUUUUAGCAUCAUUAUUUGUAUUUCCUCCUGUCUUGAUCAUCCUGACAUCAUACAUUUCCAUCUACUUGGCCAUCAUAAAGAUAAAAGCAAAAGAAAGCAGAAGAAAAGCUUUUUCAACUUGUGUCUCUCAUAUCAUCCUCGUUACCCUAUUGUAUGGUACACUUUUCUAUGCCUAUUUAAGUCCAAAAUCCAAAUACUCUUCAGAAAACAAGGUUGGAGCUACUUUUGUUUAUGCCGUGCUGAUACCCAUGUUAAAUCCAAUAAUAUAUAGUUUUAGAAAUAAAGACAUUAAAACUGCAAUGCAAGUGACAUUUCAUGACAUCAUCACAAGGAGAAUUUGAGAAUAUAUGCUUGUGUUUGGCUUGUUGCAAUGCCUAAAAAGCUGUUAUGAUGGUAGUCACCAUCGCUGGGACCAUAUAAAU